AGUGGGUGGGAUCCUCAAGCGCUUCCAGUGGAAUUGAGAACCCGGGGCCUCAAAGCGAAGCGGCUGGAUACAGACGCUCAGCACAGCGGGCACUAGGACCCUGCGCGGCGCCGUGGCCGGCGGGGGGCGGCCGGCGGAGACUGGGAAUCCGCUCUUUCUGCCUCCUAGAUCCCGGCUGCGGCCACUUGUGCGAUCCGGGUUCCUGCCGCGGCCGCCUGGCCCCUUUCGGCACCAUGAGCCGCAGGUUCACUGUCACUUCGCUGCCCACCGCGGGGCCUGCCGGGACCUCUGACCCGGAGUCCCACCGGCUUUCAGCAGCGGAUCUCCGCCGCCUCUCAGGGGAAGACGCCAAAGGUGAUGGAAACCCCAAGGAGAGCAGCCCCUUCAUCAACAGCACUGACACAGAGAAGGGAAAGGAGUAUGAUGGCAAAAACAUGGCCCUGUUUGAGGAGGAGAUGGACACCAGUCCCAUGGUAUCCUCCCUGCUUAGUGGCCUGGCCAACUACACCAACCUGCCCCAGGGAAGUAGGGAGCAUGAAGAGGCAGAAAACAAUGAGGGUGGAAAAAAGAAGCCGGUACAGGCCCCCCGUAUGGGUACCUUCAUGGGCGUGUACCUACCGUGUCUGCAGAACAUCUUUGGUGUCAUCCUCUUCCUGCGACUCACUUGGGUAGUGGGCAUCGCAGGCAUCAUGGAGUCCUUCUGCAUGGUCUUCAUCUGCUGCUCCUGUACGAUGCUCACGGCCAUUUCCAUGAGUGCAAUUGCAACCAAUGGUGUUGUGCCUGCUGGCGGCUCCUACUACAUGAUUUCCAGGUCUCUGGGUCCAGAGUUUGGGGGUGCCGUGGGCCUCUGCUUCUACCUGGGCACUACGUUUGCUGGGGCCAUGUACAUCCUGGGCACCAUCGAAAUCCUACUGGCUUACCUCUUCCCAGCUAUGGCCAUUUUUAAGGCAGAAGAUGCCAGCGGGGAGGCAGCAGCCAUGUUGAACAAUAUGCGUGUGUAUGGCACCUGUGUGCUCACCUGCAUGGCCACUGUGGUAUUUGUGGGAGUCAAGUAUGUCAACAAGUUUGCCCUUGUCUUCCUGGGAUGUGUCAUCCUCUCUAUCCUGGCCAUCUAUGCUGGGGUCAUCAAAUCUGCCUUCGACCCACCCAACUUCCCGAUAUGCCUCCUGGGGAAUCGCACACUGUCUCGUCAUGGCUUUGAUGUCUGUGCCAAGCUGGCUUGGGAAGGAAAUGAGACAGUGACCACACGGCUCUGGGGCCUUUUCUGCUCCUCCCGAUUCCUCAACGCCACCUGUGAUGAGUACUUCACCCGAAACAAUGUCACAGAGAUCCAGGGCAUUCCUGGCGCUGCUAGUGGCCUCAUCAAAGAGAACCUCUGGAGCUCCUACCUGACCAAGGGAGUUAUUGUGGAGAGGCGUGGGAUGCCCUCGGUAGGCCUGGCAGAUGGUACCCCUGUCGACAUGGACCAUCCCUAUGUCUUCAGUGAUAUGACCUCCUACUUCACCCUGCUGGUUGGCAUCUACUUCCCCUCAGUCACAGGGAUCAUGGCUGGUUCCAACCGCUCUGGGGACCUGCGGGAUGCCCAGAAGUCAAUUCCUACUGGCACCAUCCUGGCCAUUGCCACCACCUCCGCUGUCUACAUCAGCUCCGUUGUUCUGUUUGGGGCCUGCAUUGAGGGGGUCGUCCUUCGGGACAAGUUUGGCGAAGCUGUGAAUGGCAACCUGGUGGUGGGCACUCUGGCCUGGCCGUCUCCCUGGGUUAUUGUCAUAGGAUCCUUCUUUUCCACCUGUGGGGCUGGACUGCAGAGCCUCACAGGGGCCCCACGCCUGCUGCAGGCCAUCUCCCGCGAUGGCAUAGUGCCCUUCCUGCAGGUUUUUGGCCACGGCAAAGCCAACGGAGAGCCAACGUGGGCCUUGCUCCUCACCGCCUGCAUCUGCGAGAUCGGCAUCCUUAUUGCAUCCCUUGACGAGGUCGCCCCCAUCCUCUCUAUGUUCUUCCUGAUGUGCUACAUGUUCGUGAACCUGGCUUGUGCGGUACAGACGCUGCUGAGGACACCCAACUGGCGGCCACGCUUUCGAUAUUACCACUGGACACUCUCCUUCCUGGGUAUGAGCCUCUGCCUGGCCCUCAUGUUCAUCUGCUCCUGGUAUUACGCCCUGGUGGCCAUGCUCAUUGCUGGGCUCAUCUACAAGUAUAUCGAGUACCGUGGGGCAGAGAAGGAGUGGGGUGAUGGGAUCCGAGGCCUGUCUCUCAGCGCUGCUCGCUAUGCCCUGUUACGCCUGGAAGAAGGGCCCCCACACACCAAGAACUGGAGGCCACAGCUGCUGGUGCUGGUGCGUGUGGACCAAGACCAGAACGUGGUACACCCACAGCUGCUCUCAUUGACCUCCCAGCUCAAGGCAGGGAAGGGUCUGACCAUCGUGGGCUCUGUCCUUGAGGGCACCUUUCUGGACAACCAUCCCCAGGCCCAGCGGGCGGAGGAGUCUAUCCGGCGCCUGAUGGAGGCAGAGAAAGUGAAAGGCUUCUGCCAGGUAGUGAUUUCCUCCAACCUGCGAGAUGGCGUGUCCCAUCUGAUUCAGUCUGGGGGCCUUGGGGGGCUGCAGCACAAUACCGUGCUCGUUGGCUGGCCCCGCAACUGGCGGCAGAAGGAAGAUCAUCAGACGUGGAGGAACUUCAUUGAGCUGGUCCGAGAAACCACGGCCGGUCACCUGGCCCUGCUGGUUACCAAGAACGUCUCCAUGUUUCCCGGGAACCCCGAGCGCUUUUCCGAGGGCAGCAUCGACGUCUGGUGGAUUGUGCACGACGGGGGCAUGCUCAUGCUGCUGCCCUUCCUGCUGCGGCACCACAAGGUUUGGCGAAAGUGCAAGAUGCGAAUCUUCACAGUGGCCCAGAUGGACGACAAUAGCAUCCAGAUGAAGAAGGACCUGACCACAUUUCUGUACCAUUUACGUAUCACCGCGGAGGUCGAGGUGGUGGAGAUGCAUGAGAGUGACAUCUCAGCUUAUACCUACGAGAAGACGUUGGUGAUGGAGCAGCGUUCCCAGAUCCUAAAACAGAUGCAUUUAACCAAGAACGAGCGGGAGCGGGAGAUCCAGAGUAUCACAGAUGAGUCUCGUGGUUCAAUCCGGAGAAAGAAUCCAGCCAACACUCGGCUCCGCCUCAACGUUCCAGAAGAAACAGCUGGUGACAGUGAGGAGAAGCCAGAAGAGGAGGUGCAGCUGAUCCAUGACCAGAGUGCUCCCAGCUGCCCUAGCAGCUCGCCAUCUCCAGGAGAGGAGCCUGAGGGGGAGGGCGAGGCAGAUCCAGAGAAAGUGCAUCUCACCUGGACCAAGGACAAGUCGGUGGCAGAGAAGAAUAAGGGCCCCAGCCCUGUCUCUUCUGAGGGCAUCAAGGACUUCUUCAGCAUGAAGCCGAACCAGUCCAACGUGAGGCGCAUGCACACGGCUGUGCGGCUGAACGAGGUCAUCGUCAAGAAAUCCCGGGACGCCAAACUUGUUUUGCUCAACAUGCCUGGGCCUCCUCGCAACCGCAACGGUGACGAAAAUUAUAUGGAGUUCCUCGAGGUCCUCACCGAGCACCUGGACCGAGUGAUGCUGGUCCGCGGCGGCGGCCGCGAAGUCAUCACCAUCUACUCCUGAGAGCCAGGACCUGCCACUCGGGCCCGAGCGCGCCCGGCCCGCGGCCCUGGAGCCCUUGCCGCGCCCCCUGCCGCUGUCACCGUUUACAUACAGACCCUGUGCCCACGCCCUGGCCCCCUUUCCCGCUGCCUGAAGCCCAGAGGUCACGUCCGUCGGGGCUGACUCGGAGAGGACCGCCCCCAUGCGGAGAUAAGAGCCCCGAGCUCCCCGUUGGCGUGUCGCCCUGUCGGCCCCGGCUGCCCUUUUUCUAAGCCCGGCCUCGCCCCGUCGGAGAAGCUGCAAUAAAGGUCCGGAGGAGGCGCGGAGAGGAGCGGAGCUGGGGCUUUGAGGACCCCGGGUAGUCCGCACGACUCUUUUCCCCUCUUCCCACGCCCCGCCCGGGUCCUCGCUCUGCGCUCCUCCCCCGGUGGCCCGGAGGGCGCGGGGUGGGAGGCCGCACUCAGCGGUGUCCGUCACUCCUAGUGCAGCCGCAGGCGCAGGCCGGCCGAGCCUAUACAUAGUGUAAAGGAGACAUCGCGUGUAUUUUUAACGUCCCCAUAUUUCUGUGACUAGAAGCGCAACAGACUUCUCGCCACUGUCGAGCUCUCCCGCUGGGGGCGCCCAAGGACGGCAGAGGCCUCGGGAGGCUGGGAUUUCCCUGACAUCCGAGAAUUUGAGAGCAAAAGUGCGUUAGGCCCAGGCGGGAGUCGUGGUCCCUCGACACCCCCUCGACGCCUCCUCGCCCUUUUCUGCGCGCCCUUGGCUUCCGACCCUUCCUCUUAGUUCUUUUCGGAGACGAGGUGAGACAAAUGUCCAACUUUUCCUGGAUUCGCCGCCCAGCGGAUGUGAGCUUCCACUGCGGCUGCAGAGACGCGCGCGCAGCCUCUUCUUAUUGGCUCUUAUGCAAGCUGGGGCCAGGAUAGGGGAGGGGCGCUCCUCAAGGAGAAGAAACCGAGAGAAGCCCUUGCCCCACCGAGGAAGCCCCGCCCCGGUGCCUUCGCUGGGGGAGCAGGCGUCUCUCCUCAGUCGGAUAGUCGCCUGCUCCCCCUAUCCCAUGGCUCUUCGCCAAAGACUGAAAUCGGGGAGCUGUAGGGCGUCCCGUCGCCCGGAGUUUCCUCCCUGGGACAGGUGAAGGAGGCGGCAGAGGUUCUGGUUUAGGGGCUAGACCCACCGGGGAGGCCCCUGAUGUUCCAAUGUCGCCUGUCCCAACCCGGCAGCUCCGACUUCGGGGACCCAGCUGCCUGCUCCGCGUCCCGGGGCCGGGCCUCGCUGCCUAGCAGCGGCCUCUAGCUGCGCCUCCCAGGUACCUGGGCCUGGGGGAGGGCUGGAGUCGCCACGUGCUUUGUUCUUAGCGCCUCUCUGCCCUCCUCCAACUAGGACCCAAGGCCUUUGGCUUCUCCAACUCCAGUCCUUAGCACUUUUGCUCCACCAGCCCGAUUGGAGGCGCCCUCUAUCCCUAGAGAAAGUGCUUUGGCCGGGUUCCCUUCCCCAAGGGCACAUUACUAAGGGGGAUAGGCACUGCAUGCUCGUUCCAGGGUCCUCUGGGACUGGGUACAGUACUUCCAGCUCCAGGGCCCUGAUCUUCGCACCUAGUUAGACAUCUCGCCCACCUCCCAGAGCUGGAGCUACUGGGUACUCCUGACCUCACCACCUCCUUUCCUUCCAGCCCAAGGCAGAGAGCUGGAGCUGGUGCCAUCUAGACUGGGUCAGGUGUGGCUGGAAUUAGGUCUGAACAGCUGCCGGUUAGGCCAAGGCUCCUCUGAAAUUUCAGCAGGGGGCUGGAUAGAUUCUUCCAGGUAGUAAUCAGAAGUUGGAGGUAUUAGACACCAGCACCCCCCCCCAACCCCCAUCCUUCAAAAGACCUCCCUCUGAGAACCACAGCUGGGUCUAGCCUUCUGGGCGCCUGAGCAUUCCCUGGGCUAAAGUGGUGGAUAGGCAGAGGGAAAAGGGGCUGUAUUAACAUCAAUUAGGGAACCAAAGUUGCACUACCUGGGCCCAGACUGUCUGGUUGGCAAGAGCAAAGUUUCCGUUGAUGAAAACAGACAUCUCACAACAAAAACCCAAGUUUUCUGUGCUAUAUGUGCAAUAUUUGUUAUGUUAUCACACGUCAUUCAUCAAAUUAUCUUUACAAUCAUGUAGCUAGAUGUUUCAUGUCCAUUCAAGUGACUUUUAUUCUGAGUGCAAUAUUUCAAUAGCCUUGUAGUGAUAACUAGUGUUGCUUUUGUUUUAGACGAUCUAUGUGCAGGGCAAUGCAAUGAAGUUGAAAACCCUUGUAAAUAGAAGAGGUUGAAAACCAAAUCAAGAGUAUUUAUUACUAUUAUUAGGCCUGCCUUUAAUUUUCAGUGUUUCAGUAUUCUGCAUUCUGCCUCAGUAUUGAUCUUGUGUUCUUUGUGCCAAUAUGAAAAGGAGAGGGUUGGUUCUUUCCUUUAUUGUUGAAUGCUCCCAUUUAAUGCUUUUUAGCUUUUACUGUAUUAAUUUUUUAGAUUCCCAUCUGCACAAAAUGCAAUAAAAAUAAUUUUAUUAUACCCU